AUGCUUCGACACAUUCCGACUCCUGCUAUACGCGCACCUUACCGAACGAAUGGCCGCAUUCGGCUUUUAGCUAAAAUUUCAGAGAAGAAGAAUCUAGCACUGAAGGCAGCAAUUGGCAGACUGGCCCAGAUUCGCUAUGAGCAACCGGCAAAGGACCUACAGAUUGAAGCAGUGUAUAACUUAGCAAGCGGUUCCAACACCUUCGUACUGGCUGGGACUGGCUUUGGAAAAUCUCGAAUACCUGAGAUAUAUCAUAUGCUCCACCCGAAAGCAAGUAAUGCUGUAAUUGUCGUUCUGAAUCCACUCGACGCGUUGGGUGAUAACCAGGUCCUCGAGAAGAUUGCGGCGGGGUUCACAGCGAUCAACCUGACGAAAUUGACAUUGAAUGAAGAAGAAGCUAACAAGAUUGUUAACGGGUGUUACAAUUUUGUUUACCUGAGCCCGGAGAUAUUCUUAAACAGUCCACUUUGGGAUCAGGUGUAUUUCUGCGCUAAUUUUCAGGACCGGCUUGCCUUAGUUGUCGUUGAUGAGGCGCACAUAAUCUACCAAUGGGGGCUUGUUGAAUCAGGGAGUGGAAAGCACAAACGAACUCUACUUGGCCGCUUGGAGGAUCUUGGCAUAUUUCGUCCAUCGUAUGGUAAACUAGGUGGUCGAUUGCUCACACGAAACAAGAAGCCGAUUCUGUUGAUGUCGGCAACAUGUCGGCCUAAAGCUGUUGAAGGUAUCAAGAAAAGUCUGAAGUUAGAAGACCAUAAUCUGAAAAUAGUUAGCGGGGAACUCACUCGUCCAGAGAUACGGAUCAUUCGAUUGGAAAUCAAGACAUCAAUUACCUCAUGUGCCGAUUUGUUGGAUAUUUUUGCUCCUAAGUCCAAGACUCCAGAUGAAAGGUUCCACUCGUGUACUGGUGAGAAGGACAAGAUCAAACUGGUGGAUGACUUUGCUGCAAAGAAAUUGCCGGUGAUUUCCUGCACGAUGGCUUUGGGGAUGGGACAAAACUGGUCCCGAGUGAGGUGUGUGAUACAGAUGGGCCGAUCGGAUCCCUCGGCUAUAUGUCAGAUGAUUGGCCGUGCUGGUAGGGAUGGGCGACCGGGCCUGGCUAUAGUCUACGUGGAACCAAAACGGACAGAUGGGAAAAAUUGCUUGGAGGAUUUUGAAGGCUGUGACCGGCAGACCGAUGAAGACCGAAUGGACGCCUUGGCUAUCACACCAGUGUGCUUAAGAAUUGCUUUUGCUAUUGAUAAUGCUCUAGGUUACAUUCCACUAACGCUCAGCGACCCAUCGUAUAUCCUCGAAAAAGAACGCGAAAUGAAGAUGGGGUUUCAACCAUGCUUGUGUUCCAAUUGCAAGCCACAGAUGGCUGAGGGUCUUCUUGAUAAUAUUAAAAAUAUGCGAGAAGACAAUAUAGAUGAUAUGAUCAAACAAGAGUGGCCUCUGCGACCAAUAACUACAUUAUCAAUGAACAAGCGAAAACGUGCGGGGGCAAACAGCUCGACUGGACUUAGAAAGAUCAAAUUGAGUUUGCCAAUGCAAUCGAUCCUAUCAGAACAACUCAACACAUGCUUCAGUCGGAUCUAUGACCACAAGUACCCCAAAGGCUCACUAAUGAGCGCGGCCGACCUGUUUGGAAAACCCGAGAUUGAAUUGAUAAUCAAGAAGUUUGGCAAAUUCAUCGGGGUAUCUGGCCUAAGGAAGGUGAUUGGGGGUGAGAUGAUUGAAGGACAGGUGGAGGCUCUUGACCGGGUGAUACGAGAGUUCAUCUCCGGUCCACUAGCUGCAGAAAAAACCGAUGGCGCAGUCAGAGCCAAGAUGGCUAGACAAGAGAAGAAGCGAUUGCGUGACAAGGAGCGGGCGGAGCGAGCAGCCAUCGAGGCUGUGGUCGAUCGUGAGGCCAAGGAGGCCAAGGAGGAAGCAAAGAGGUUGGAGCGUGAGGCGACCGACACCCGUAAACGGAUUGAACUGGCAAAGAAGGAGGAGGAUCGGGCCCAGUUGGCCAUUCUAGUUAGGAUCGCUGGUGAGAAUGCAGAGAGGAAAGGGAUCGAGAGUAUUCACCGUGGUCGAUGA